GUGACAAAAUGGAGCCCUGUGGGAAACUGUGGAUAAUUUCUCAAUGUAAAUCAAUAAGAUAAAAAACAAAUACUUAAAAAUAACAACAGCAAGGAAAAGAAUACAGAUGAAAUUACUUUUCCAGAAAAAUGCUGUGCACAGAUGGAGUGUGCGUCUUGCUAGUGUUAGGGCAAAUGAAAAUUUUGGCAGAUACCUGGGUGAUCAACCUUCUUUCAGACACCUCCAGAUAUUUCUUAUGAUAAUUUGAACCUUUGUUUUGCGGUCCCUUUCUUUUCUCAAAUAACAUGAAGCCUGAUCACUUGCUCUUUCAUUAAGAGCCCACUCAUAGUUGUCUGAACCUUUUGUAACGAAUCAGCUUCAGUCUCUUUCACAGUUCAGCCAUAAUUAGCUAGGACCAUCCCAUCCUGCUUUGCUACAUUCAGCCAUGAACUCCCCUUCCUGAGCAUUAGGAGUGGGGCAAGCGCCUGACAUAUCUGUGGUUUGUUAGAUAGAAAGGAAGCUGAUAGUGAUAGACAGCAAGCACAAGCAUCCGGUUACUGAACUUAGCUGCUCUGAGAGGCAUUCGAGGAGAAGAAUCAAACCCAUCAUGGAUGACGGCUAUCAGAAUGAAGACUAUUGGAAUGAAGAUUACCAGAAUGACAUUCUUUCAGACAAAUUUUCUCAGAAUGCUGAAGUUUCCUCAGAGUCAGAACCUGGAAGCACAGAAUCAGUGGUUUUGGACCAGCAAGGAUAUGAGAAUGCUGCGCAGGAAUAUGAGUAUAUCGGGUUUUCUGGCAUCCAGCUGAGAAGGCUACCAGAGAAGGGAGAGGAAAGAGAACCAGCACUGUUUACAUUUGAGGACGGCAAGUGGGGACCCUUUGGCAGGAAACCCUUCAUGAUCUUCUCAGGUCUGUUGCUCUGCUCCUUGAUCAUAACAACAGCUACUCUCAUAAUGGCAUGUCUUAGAUGUAAGUUCAGAUCUGAAGAAGGCUUUCCAAAGUGUGCAGAUGACUGGUAUAAGUUUCAGGAAAAAUGCUACUACUAUUCCAAAGAAAAAAUGCAACAGAAUACAGCUAGAAAUUUCUGCCAAGCCCUAGGUGCAGAUCUAAUAGUGAUUGACAGUGAAAAUGAACAGGACUUUCUGAAAGAUGAACGGCAGAUAAGCGAGAACACUUGGAUUGGACUGACUUACAUAGAGGCUGAAAGAAAGUGGAUGUGGCAAGACUUCAAAAAUCAUUCCUACACAAACUGGGGUGGAAAGACAGAACCAAUCAGUUCCCGAUGCUGUGUGAUUUUGGACCCCAAGUAUGAAUUAAAAUGGAAGAACACCGAGUGCCUAAGACGCUUCGGCUUCAUUUGUGAAAAGAGCAGGCACAUUGCCUGUGCCCUGCAGUCCCCAUUCUUACCUCAUUGAAACUUGGCUAAUUUGUGUGCGUGUACAAGCAGAAUUGAUUCAUAGGAGUGUUUUUUUAAAGGUUGCAAGAACUUGCAGGGUUAGAACAAUGUCUUUCUGGUCCUCUAGACUGUGAGUCAAAACCAGUCAGGAAAUAAGCCUGGCUGAAUGUACAUGGUGUCAUGGGGAGGAACGAAGCACAUGGGUUUCCCUCAGCAUCUCCCUCUCCAUGCCUCUGCCCUGGUUUUUGGAGCCAGCAGUGACCAGUUUGAUGCCACCAGCAAGGCUUUCCCUGCUAUCUGUCUCCAAGAUCUGUAUUCCGAAGUAUACCUCCCCUAAACACGGCUGUCCAAUUUAAUGGUUAUGCCUGGUCAAACUGGGCCCGUGCACAGGUAUUUCAUUACAUUUUAUUAUCAUUAAAGGAAUACCCAGGAAGGGUGCGAGAGCCAAAUCGUACCAGCAUAUUCCACAAUAGGCAAAACAGACAUCCUUCUGUGAUGAAUGCAGAUUCCUGCAAAAGAACCCCGUUGGAUCUGUCACUGGUAAAGAAAAGCCAGUCUAGGAAAUCUUCUUGCCUGCUCUCCUCCCUCCCUCCCUCCUAUCCUAUGCUCGCCGCUUUCAGCAGAGGGUGGCUUUCUGAAUAAGCCAUGAUGUCACCUAAGCAUUUUGCAAAUAUUAAAAACCUUGGAGAAGGUUCAAAAAGGCUUCCCCCCUCCUUGAGCUUUGAAAUGGAAAAGAGUCUGUCCAGUUUCAGGUAGCUUAAAUAAUGUUGUCGGCUCCUGUGGAGGCAGCUAGCGGAGGGAAGAAUCAGCUCCAUUUCCCUUCACUCUGAAUUUAUGUUUACAUAUUGUAGCUUUCAGUUCCUGUCCAUAUUCAUUCAAUACAAAUCUGCUGUUGUGUAAAACAUCUGUAUUAAAAACAUUUUAAGCAAGCAACUGUAGCAGGAAACCCCCCCCCAAUCAUUCAGUUUCUACAAACUUCACACACACUCACACUCACACACUACAUACACUACGCUUCUGUUAUAAAUUCAUAGAAAAUCAACCAUACAUCGGAUUUGCACUGUUCCACUUUUAUUUUACUCCAUGAAGGAAGGACUACAAAAUGGGGAAGGUUUGAUACAGGCCACCACAAUCCCUUGAGCAUACCAGCACAUCCA